CUCUAGGUAAGUCUGACUGGUAAGAUUCACAACAACUUUGUCGGAGCUCGUAUCCAUCGCAGGAGAAAAUGGCGGUCGUCUAUCGGAGAAGCUCAAGCAACUGGAUUUUCCCUCUUAAGGUUCUACUAAUCUCUGCUGGUGUCUGUUUAACGGGUGUGGUUUUAAAGCUCUCUCUUCCGGUGUUAUCAGACUUCCUAAUUUCCCAACUUCCUCUUCUCUGGAUCUCUCUACGCUCAUGGUUUACUCCUCCAUACCUUUACGUCGUCAUCAAUGGGAUCAUCAUAACCAUAGCUGCGUCUUCGAGGUUUCAACAUAAGGUAGAGGAGCAAUCUGAACUGGUGGUUCCCGUUCCGGUGAAAGCCGAAGUAAGACCUGAUUUCUCCGUCUCUGCGGAGUACGAUUCCGUGGUGUUGAAGAAUCCGGUGAACAUUCCACAACAGUUCGAUUACGAUGUUGUCGCCGCGUCGAAGAUUCCUGUGGAGUCGACUCUUACUGUUUAUAGAGGUUCGGAGCCGCCGGUUGUGUACGGACAGAGUGAGGUUAGUGUGACGGAUGUGAGAAAUCCUGCCGUGAGCGCUUCAGAAGUGGAAGAAGAUGAUGGAUUCGUGAUAUCAAGGUCUACUUGGACUCCACGGGCGAGGGAGUCGACGGAGAUUCCGGCGUAUUACUCGUUCCAGAAGGAGAAACCGCCUGCUUCGGUUCGGUUCGGUCACCGGAAAAACGUCAGAUCUAGUCCUGAAGGUGGCAGGGCAUUGGGAGUAGCGAAGCCGAAGAGAAACGACACGCUGGAGAGCACAUGGAAGACGAUAACGGACGGCCGACCGAUCCCACUGGCUCGCCACCUCAAGAAGUCAGACACUUGGGAGACGGUGGGUCGACACAGCCACAGCAACGAUUCCAACUCUGACCCACCAGAAGCAUCCCCUGUGAAGAUGAAGAAACAUGAAACGUUCAAUGACCGUAGCAGCAACACUUCGUCUCUGUCACCAUCUCCUGGUUCAGGGAAGCUGCGCAAGGAACCUUCACUGAGUCAGGACGAAUUGAACAGACGGGUUGAGGCUUUCAUCAAGAAGUUUAACGAGGAGAUGAGAUUGCAGAGACAAGAGUCUUUGAAUCAAUACAAUGAAAUGAUCAACCGUGGUGCAGGACCUUAACUGGUUCCGAGUAAGACAAUUAGAAAAGGCAAAAACUAAGUAUUUACAAUCUUGAAAGGGGACAUUAAAGGUUUCGGUAAGUCUGCUUGACUUUUCAGCCUUUUUUGUUCAUCUAUUAAUUUUAAUCCCCUUUUUUUCCCUGUAGAACAUCUACAUACAGAUGGGAUUUUACUCUUUUUGUUUUUUUUGUUUUUUUGAUAGUGAUAUCCCUGUAAAGAAAAUACUAGCUACUGCAGGAGAAAGGAAGAGAGAAUUCAGUGUUCUUUAAUUUGGCUGUUUGUUUUCUGAAACAAUGAAUAGGAAAAUUGUUUCAUUGGUAGUGGAGUGGAUGGUGUA